AUGGUGUUCGAAAACCCCAGAAGGCAUGGGCCACGCGUCGAGGAUAUUGAGCUUGCGCGCCAGGCCGGAGAUGGGGAUGAGCCUGCCCAGGCACACGACGCCCUCAAGUCCAGCUGCAACAGUCGCCUUCGUCGAGCACAAGCACGCGCAAAUGAGCAUCUCAUCAACGUAGCCGGCACUACACGCUUGCGGCCUUGGACUCGAACAACAUCUGGAUCGCAUACUAUUCCUGAGCAUCGCACAGAACCUUCGAACAUCGCCCGUAGACCUUCGGUAUCCUCUUACGACGGAACAUCCUUUCCUUUCACAGGGUCUUCUGCAGCUCCCAUGUCGCACCGCGAGUACCGCGAGUACCGCGAUUACCCGCACGCGCAUCAUCGCCCACUGAUCGACUUCAUACCCGCACACCACGAUGACGUCGACGCAUCCGACGAGGAAGACGACUUUUACAGCAAAGAAGACGACCAUUUCAUACACCCAAAGUGGCAGGUGUUGAUCGCGCAAACCUCGAACCGAGUCCCGCGCAAACUACAGCGCUGUAUCGUCAUAAGCCUCGCCAUCGCAUUCUUGUUCUUCGUCAGCUGGAAGGCAUACUUCGGACCACGACACGCCGCGCAGCUGCAAGAACUCAAAGACAUGGACGAGACACCGACAAUGAGCUACGGGAGCAACGUGCGCCCGGAGUUCAAGGGCAUGAUCCAGGUCAAGGACAUGGACAGCCAACACCUACCUAAGAAGGGACACAGGCUCGUCUUUGUCGGCGAUGUUCACGGGUGCAGGGAGGAGUUAGAGCACCUGCUGAAGAAGGCAGAGUUCGACAAGAAGCACGACCAUCUCGUCUUGACCGGCGACAUGAUCGCAAAGGGCCCCGACUCUCCAGGCGUCAUCUCGCUGGUCGAGAAACUCGGCGCUUCCUGCGUGCGCGGCAACUGGGAAGACAAACUGCUGCUCAGCAUCGCCGAGUCCGAAGCACGGCACCUCGACACACUCCCCGGCCCCGACGAAACCCCCGACCGCAAAUCCGAUUUCCUCGACGAAGCAUCACACAGCCACGGCGACUACGCGCUACGCAAGCUGGCCAAGUCCUUCUCCAAGCACCAAAUCGCAUACCUCCAACAGUGUCCCGUCAUCCUACGCGUCGGCACAGUUCCCAACCUUGGCGCCUUAGCUGCCGUCCAUGCCGGCCUGGUGCCAGACAUACCGCUCGAACAACAAGACCCAUUCCAUGUUAUGAACAUGCGCACCAUCGACCUCAAGACCCGCAUACCCAGCUCCAAGCACCAAGGCACGCCGUGGGAGAAGUUCUGGAAUCAUCAGCAGAAGAAGAAAGAGGCGCAUGAGCGUAUAAGCAUUGUAUACGGGCACAACAGAAAGCGAGGCUUGAAUUUGCAGGAGUUCACGUUUGGCCUCGAUAGUGGGUGUGUCAGUGGCGGCAAGCUGACCGCGCUUGUGGUGGACUACAUGGGCAAGACGGAGAUUGUGCAAGUCAAGUGCCAUCAGGAGAACGGUUGGGAUGAAGAAUAG